ACGGACAAGUCCCCUCUUGUGUGCCGACCUUGGCAUUACAGAAAUGCGCAGUAUUUAAUAAUUAACUCGUACUUCAACGUGCAUCUUUGCAUGCGCGCUAACGUACACUUGAUAACGUUGGGAGACUGGGAAAGAAACUGAGAACUGAGAUCACCAAGCUACGCUUAGCUGCAAGACGCUUUGGAAAUUGGAAAUUAACAACAGCGGACCGGGACGCGGAAAGCCAUGUUAAGUGUUCGAGAAGAGCGUACUGUUGUAGGAGGAGUCGAGCUGGCGAGGAAGACAGUAAUAGCUGCUACGGACGAAGGAAUUGUUGCCACAGAAAUUAUUGAGAGGAGGGAGCAUACUGGAAUCGACUUGCCUGGGAGCGUUCCGGCAGCUGUGGCACCAAGCGCGCCUCUUGCACUACCUUGCCCGCCUCAACCUAUCACAGUAAAAGACUCUCCACCGUCGUCCAGUGAGUUUUCCUGGGUGGACUGUUGCUUUAGGUGUGACAGCGGUCACGAGUGGUACGAACUACAAGGAAAAGGUUUUUGUCUUGGUCUGCUACUACUGUUGGGUUAUUUGAUUGCUGGAGUAGUUAUUCUCGCGUUUUACCUGGCAUUUUGUUUCAUUACGUGCCUUUCCAAUUCCGACUGCGACUGAUGUUUUCUUACUAAGCUCAGUGUGUUAUGUAUAUUGGCGGAUCUGUAAGGUUUAAGGGGUGAACCGUGACUUGUAUAAUAGUUACAGGAGUUAGUAAUAGUAACUGGACCGACGGGAGUACAAUUCAGGGAGUAAUCUGGAGAGUAAUUUUAAAAUCGAAUAGGCACGUACGCCAGGUCGGUCUGAAGUGCUUGAAUUGUACGAGAAGAAGUCCAGUUAGUAAUUAAUCGUAUCACUGACACAUUUUGAGAUGACCAGUCUUAAAAGUGCCUAUGAAAUGAAAAAUAAUUGCUGCUUAUUUGAAAGGCUUUUCAAAUCAGGUUUUUGACAGAAAGAGACUGGAGCCAAGAGUGUUGUCACAGUAAAGGCACAAUGGAUUUCAUUUGGUUUAUUUUGUGACGUACAUUUCUGGUGCCAAGUUUGAAGAACACCGGUCAAAUACUUCUAGAGAUAUCCUUGAUUCAAUGUUUUCCUGUUUAAGUGGAACUACUUAUGACGUCACCACUUUCCUCAUUUGCAUAAUACAAAAAUGCCAGUACGUGUUUCUAAAACGAGAGACGAUGAAAAGAAAACCUUUCAAAUAAGCAGCAAUUAUUUUUCACUUCAUAGGCACUUUAAGAAGUUCAGUAGGAUUUUGCUUAAGUUUUACAAACGGUAACGCACAUAAUUGACGAGCGAAUUGUAUAGGUGUCCAAUUAAUUGGACACCUAUACAAUAUACUGGUAAUUAGUCACCCAAGUGAUCGCGUGUCAGUACGUAGACAAAUAGGCGCAAGGAAAACCAAUCAUAAUCUAGAAUUUAUAGAUAUGACUAGCUUUACUACCAUAGUGGACAAAAAAGUGUUGUUAGAAAUUGUUGUUAGAAGUGUUGUUAGAAAUGUUAGUAGGUUGAAUAUUAUUUGAGCAAGUAAACACAGUUGGCACUCAAUGAAACGCCUCUUAUCUCAGUGAUUACAUUUCUUCGUAAUCCUUCGCUUAUAUGAAACUUAAAACAAGAUUGCUUUGUGAAACUGGAUUAGCAAAUAGUUGUAACCAUAUAAAGUGCGCGCUAAACGUUGUACUUUUAAAUUGGUAUUGAAAGGUCCACUUCUUGUUUGUAGCGUAUUGUUUAAGCAGACACCUUCAGUAAAUCUACUUUUUUGAACACCUC